CAAAACGGAUGAUCAUGAUAAACUCUACACAGGUUUCAUAUUUCACUUUUGGUGCAUACUUUGAUAUUGGGCUCUUUAAAUACUUACUUUUCACGAUUAUUAUGUGUUUUUAUACUGUGAUUGUUUGUGCCAAUCUCUUGCUGAUUGUGGUUACCUGUAUGAACCGAAACUUACAUGAACCUAUGUACCUUUUUCUGUGCAGCCUGUUUGUAAAUGAACUGUUUGGUAGUACAGGGUUGUUUCCAUUCCUUCUGGUUCAGAUCCUCUCUGACAUUCACACUGUUUCUGCUUCUCUUUGUUUCCUGCAGAUUUUCUGUUUGUAUACAUAUGUAAAUGUACAGUUUUAUGUUCUAGCUGCCAUGUCUUAUGACAGAUAUCUUGCUAUCUGUUAUCCUCUGCAGUAUAACACACAUAUGACAUCCACCAAGGUUACCAUGCUUAUUGCCCUAACAUGGUUAUUCCCUCUUCUUGCAGUUGUUGUUUUGAUAUCAUUGAGUUCCUCUUUACAGCUGUGUGGUAACCGUAUUGACAGAUUGUUCUGUGACAACUACUCUAUUGUGAAACUGGCCUGCUCUGACACCACAGUCAAUAACAUAUAUGGACUCAUUUACACUUUCAUUGUUGUGCUUGGUCUUGCAAUACCAAUCAUUUACACCUAUAUAAGGAUUCUUAAAGUUUGUUUUUCUGGUUCUAAACAGACCAGGCAGAAAGCUGUCAGUACCUGCACACCUCACCUCGCUUCCCUGAUCAACUUUUCUUUUGGUUGUUUUUUUGAAGUAAUACAGAGCAGGUUUAAUAUGAGCAGUGCACCCAUUAUGUUGCGCAUUUUUUUAUCUUCAUACUUCCUCACCUGCCAACCGCUCUUCAAUCCUUUAAUAUAUGGACUAAAUUUGACAAAAAUCAGCAUCAUGUGUAAAAGUUUCAUCUUUGGUAAAGAGUAA